AUCCUUGAUCUUCCUCUUCCGUUAAAAUUCAGCAAAUUUCGAUCCUCCGAAUUCGAUUUUCCGUUCGGUGCUCGUCGGAACAAAACCGUUCAAACUACCAUUUUUUUUUUUUUUGAUGGGUUUAAAUGCUCCGAGCUGUUGAAUUCUAUUCCGAUUGAUGUCAAACUCUAACGUUGAGGGUUCAACACUGCAAUGCCGGUCUACGUUGAUCGUGAGGCUCCUAAGCUCUGGAGGAAAAUUUGCACGGAGGCUUUCGUAGAGAUUUCGCUUCUCGGAGAGAACUGGAAGCUUAUCUUUGCCGGACUUCUUUUUCAGUAUAUCCAUGGUUUGGCUGCUCAUGGAGUUCAUUACCUACAUCGACCAGGGCCAACACUUCAGGAUGCUGGGUUUUUUCUGCUUCCUGAACUUGGACAAGACAAGAAUUAUAUCAGUGAGGCUGUAUUCACCUUCAUCUUUUGCUCCUUUAUUUUGUGGACCUUCCACCCCUUUGUUUUCCAGAGCAAAAGAAUCUAUACUGUUCUGAUUUGGUGUAGGGUUUUUGCUUAUUUAGUUGUUUCCCAAAGUCUCCGCAUCAUAACAUUCUAUUCAACUCAGCUUCCUGGUCCAAAUUAUCAUUGUCGUGAGGGCUCUACACUUGCCAGGUUACCUCGUCCAGAUAGUCUACUUGCAGUCCUUUUAAUCAACUUUCCCCGAGGUGCUAUUUAUGGAUGUGGUGAUUUGAUAUUCUCAUCACAUAUGAUUUUUAGCUUGGUAUUUGUCCGCACGUAUCAAAAAUAUGGCAUAAGAAGGGGCAUUAAACAAUUUGCUUGGUUGCUUGCUGUGGCUCAGAGCCUCCUGAUUAUAGCAUCUCGCAAACAUUACACUGUUGACGUUGUAGUUGCAUGGUAUACUGUAAAUUUGGUAGUUUUCUUUGUUGACAAGAAAUUACCAGAGUUGCCAGACAGAUCUGCUGGAUCCUCAGCUCUACCCAUCCUUCCUUUGAGCACAAGAGAAAAGGAUUGCAAGAACAAAGAAGAGCACCCUAAAUUACUAAAUGGGAAUUCCAUGACCAGUCCGAACUAAUCACAGGUUAUCAGCAACAUUUCUGGCCACAUUGGUGCUCCCUUUUGCCAGAUGCUUUCAGAAGGUACUAUAAAACGGUGCAAAGUUCUUUCUGCCAAGAUUAGGCACAAAUGAAUCACAACCUUCAAG